GGGGGGGGCGGUGGGGUUUGGAACGAUGGCCACCCCGAGCAAGACGCCCCCCGGCGCCGAUCCGAAGCAGCUGGAGCGGACCGGGACGGUCCGGGAGAUCGGCUCCCAGGCGGUGUGGUCCCUCUCGUCGUGUAAACCCGGUUUCGGAGUGGACCAGCUGAGGGAUGACAACCUGGAGACGUACUGGCAGUCAGACGGGUCGCAGCCCCACCUGGUCAACAUCCAGUUCAGGAGGAGAACCACCGUGAAGAUGUUGUGUAUUUAUGCCGAUUAUAAAUCCGAUGAGAGCUACACUCCCAGUAAGAUCUCCGUCAGGGUGGGGAACAACUUCCACAACCUGCAGGAGAUCCGGCAGUUGGAGAUGGUGGAACCCAGCGGUUGGAUUCACAUCUCACUGAUGAAUCAGCGGACCAACGAGCCAAUCAGCACCUUCAUGAUCCAGAUCGCCGUCCUUGCCAACCACCAGAACGGCCGGGACACCCACAUGCGGCAGAUCAAGGUCUACACGCCGGUGGAGGAGAGCUCCAUCGGGAAGUUCCCACGAUGCACCACGGUGGACUUCAUGAUGUACCGCACCAUCAGGUGAUCGGCUCAUCCCGCUGUCGGACUAAAGAAGACGUUCUCCACACGGACCCAUUAGUUCACUUCCUUUAAUCACAAGCCGAAUGCUUUUUGUUGAAUUAAAUGUUUCAGAGCAACGCGGCCGACAGGAUGAAGACGUGCAAAUGACUACAAAUAAAUAAAAGAUGGAAAGACUUUGUCCUCAUUCUGCAGAGAACAUCAGACUCUGGAUCAGCGCCAUGGAAACAAUGUCAUUUAUUGACUAGAACACAAAUUCUUAAGUACACCAAUAAGAACACCUUAUUUGAUGUGUGUGUAUUGCCCCCCCUUUAUAAUUUUAAUUAUUGCAAUAGAAUAAAUGUAUACGCCUUAAA